UAUGAAAUUUUCCUGCCAUGUUCGGUUAGAGUGCCGCAUAUACUCUGCUGAUACCACGCAGCACAUGUUGAAUUCAGAUGAUUUACUUUGCAGGCUGUGUGCUCGUUAACGGGGACUCGUUUGCGCGCUCGGUUCGUUCGGGUUUGCUGUUGCUUUCAGUAAAAGCAGUCGGCGGCUUGUUGCAACCUUUCAAUAGCCACAAACACGUUGAGGCAGCAACACCACCUGUUGGUGAAAGAGUGCUCAAAUCUUUUCCCUUACACAAGUAACUACGCUGCGUGUGUGUGUGUUCGCUUUAUAAUUGUGUAGUAUAUUUUGUGGCGCCUCAAUUUUUGGGCCAUAUGGCAGUGUAACGCUGUUGCGUGUGUGUUAGUGCUGCAUAUUGAUUUAGAUAAUUGGCGCGCGAGUCAUGUCGGAGAAGUCAACAAGUGGCGAGGCUGCGGCCAAGUUAAACGUUUCCGCCAGACGCAGCUCCACCCCGCCGUCCAAUGACAUUGAGAGCCGCUGCCUCAUUGCAGUAAUUGUGUAUAUAGCUCUGCUGCUGGACAACGUGCUGCUGACCGUGAUAGUGCCCAUUUUGCCCGACUAUUUGGCCAGCCUGGAGCCGCCAACCUUAGAGGGUUACCGAGUGGAGGAGGGUAUACCGUCCUCUGCACCUGCCCUGUCACAUCAGAUGGCGCAACGCAGCGAAGACCAGACACAAUUCUACAUGACCAAGCAUCCAAUACCUGGCAAAUCGAUGGUUAACUUCACAACGCUGCAUCUGCUGACGUCUACAACGAUGACGACGCUGCUGCCCAGCAACCAUUUGGGCGGCACUAAUGCGACCACAGCCACAAAGGUCGAUAGCCACAGCAUUGUCAACAGCAAUCUCAAUGGCAAUAACAACACCGUAGGCUUGUCGCGCGAAAAUGGCUCCAUUGGACUGCUGUUGGCCAUGAAAGCGCUGGUUCAAUUGGUUUUCAAUCCCAUUGUUGGCAAUAUGUCCAGCAAGUGUGGGUAUCGCCUGCCCAUCGUGGUGGGCACUUGCUUUCUUUUGAUCUCCUCGCUGGUGUUUGCCGUGGGCGAAUCUUAUUGGAUGUUGUUGUUGGCACGCGCUAUUCAGGGUGUGGGCUCCGCUUGCAUUGGUGUUUGCGGCAUGAGUCUGGUGGCCCAGCAUUAUCCGGAGGAGGCGCGUCGCUCCAAGGUCAUGGGCAUCAUUCUGGGCAGCAUUGCAUUGGGUGUAUUAAUAGGCUAUCCUUUUGGGAGUAUUCUCUACGAUAUGGUGGGCAAAUCGGCACCCUUUAUAAUACUUUCGACUGUAAUAUUCCUGAGCCUGGGCCUACAGCUGCUCACCAUGGAUCUCUCCGUGCAGCCGGAAGUCUUAGCUUUCGAACAGAGCACCAAGUGGCGCGCGCUGCUUGAAUGCAAAAUGAUAUUGGCCAUUGUGAUCGCCAUUUGGCUCUCCACUUCCACAAUGGCCAUACUGGAGCCGUGUUUGCCUAUCUGGCUGAUUCAGUAUCUUCAUCCAAAUAAAUGGCAAUUGGGCACUGUUUUCAUACCGGAUUCCGUAGGCUACUUUGUGGGAACAAACUUUUUUGGUAGCGUCGCCUUUCGUUACGGCCAGUUGAAGAUCUCCUGUCUCAGCCUGCUGCUGGUGGGUCUGGCGUCUAUUCUGAUACCCAGCGCCACAACUGUGGCGCAACUGUUGUUGCCCCACUUUGCCCUGGGCCUGGGCAUUGGAGUGAUCGAUGCAGCCUUGGUUCCACUCCUGGCUACCUUUGUGGAUGCUACACUGGCGCAGGAUGACAACGGCGAGACUCGAAGCACUAGAUCCAGCUACGGAACGGUCUAUGCCAUACAACAGACAUCCGUGAGCUUGGCCUAUUGUCUUGCUCCUUUGAUUGGCGGAGAGUUGGCCCAGAGCUUCGGCUUCGUCUGGCUCAUGCGUAUUGUGGGUAUAUUCAACAUACUGUACGGACCAAUAUUAGUUUAUCUAUAUCAGAAAUAUGAUCCGAAGCGAGUUAGAGAGCAGCAAAACGAGCUACUUGUGCAGAACAGUGGGCGUGGCUCGCGCUACAAGCAGCUGUACAACUCCAUGGAUCUGGAAUAAACACUGCAUUCAAUUUAAGCCGAAGCAAUAUAUUUCAUGCACUAAUCACAAAUAGUCAUCAAAAAUCCUUAACAUAGCACCAAUAACCACAUAUAUACAUAAAUGUAUUUUCAAUUUAA